AUGAUAUAUUCGAAGCAAGGGCGUUCGAACGAUGCCGAAAGGCUACUGGAGCAAGUCCUCGCGGCAAAUAAGGCGAUAUCAGGUGAUAAGUACCUCCAGGGUUUUCAAAUGUCUAGAUCCCGUCUUGCGACAACAUAUGGUAACGAAGGGAAUUGGGAUGAAGCACAGAGGCUUGAGGAGCAACUGCUCGAGGCAAUGAGGAUGGAACUAGGGGAUGAGCAUCCUACUACGCUGGAUUUAGAAGUCAAUCUUGCGACAACAUGUUUCGACCAAGAGCUUUUUGGCCAAGCGACAGACCUUUUGCUACACGCGACAAAGGCAAGCGAGACUGUGCUAGGUGCUGGACAUCCUGAAACAGUCAAAAGGAAAUUCCUGCUCACGGUGUUGCACCGGGAAGUAAUGCGCUUGGAAGGAGGGGAGGAGGAUUUUCAAGAUUCAUUGUUAGAUGAUAAUAUUGAGAUACAGUCUACGUAG